AUGGCUGAACAGGAAUCAACAGAACCACUUUCCAUCAAGGAAGAAUAUCAAUUAUGGAGAAAGAAUUGCAGAUAUAUGUAUGAGUUUGUCAGUGAGACAGCAUUGACAUGGCCAUCACUUACAAUCCAAUGGCUUCCUAACCACACUGUAUGCAACGGACUUAUUGACGCUAGUCUUCUAUUAGGUACUCAUACUUCUGGCCAGGAUACAAACUAUUUAAAAGUAGCAUCAACUGAGUUACUGGCUGAUGGUAAAGUCAAAGCCAAUUCUAAGAUUAAAAUUAUCGAGAAACUUGAGAAUGAGGCAGAAAUAUGUCGUGCAAGAUAUAUGCCUCAGGAUCCAAAUAUUGUUGCCACUAUUAAUGGGUUAGGACAAGUGGAUUUGUACAAUGUGAAAACAGAAGAGAAAUAUUCCCAUUUUGCUCCACAUACAGAAAAUGGGUAUGGUAUUUCGUGGAACCCAAAACAACAAGGACUUUUGCUCACUGGUGCUGAUGAUCAUUGGGUUUGUGUCUCCGAUACCAAUAAAGACAAUGCUACUUUGUUUAAAAGUGAUGUUCAGAAAGACAUAGUCAAUGAUGUCAAGUGGCACCAAUUUGAUGGAAAUUUGUUUGCUUCUGUGUCAGAGGACAAACACCUUUAUUUAUUCGAUAUUAGAGAAAAGAAGGAAAUUGCAACUUACCAUGCUGAAUCGUCUGGGGGUAUCAAUUCAUUAGCAUUCUCCCCUUUUGCCCAUAAUCUUAUUGCUAUUGGUAACACAAAUUCAAAUAUCAAUUUGUUGGAUAUGAGAAAACUCGGACCCACUUCUGGAUUGUUACAUACAAUGAUGGGCCAUUCAGAGGGCAUAACAUGUAUGGAAUUUUCUCCCCACAACGAUGGAAUACUUGCCUCGGGAUCACAAGAUAGAAGAGUUAUCAUUUGGGAUUUAUUCAAGGUUGGAGAAGAGCAACAACAAGAAGAUGCUGAGGACGGCUGUCCUGAAUUGUUUAUGAUGCAUGCUGGUCAUACUGCUGGUGUCAGUGACUUAAGUUGGUGUCCAUACAAAGAUUGGACUAUUGGUUCUGUAGCUGAUGACAACAUUGUCCAUCUUUGGGAAAUCAGUGGUCAAUUGAUUUCAAACGAAGAGACCGAUGUUGAUGUAACUGUAUUAGAAUAA